UUCAUCAGCCUGACUGUGUUCAACUCUUUUAUCUACAGGCGGGUCCGCGCCGCCAACCAGGAGCGGCAGCGGCUGAGCCGGCUGGAGAAGAAAGAGAUCGGGCUGGCGGUGAUGCUGCUGGUGGUGGUGACGGUGUUCUUCGUGUGCAACGUCCUGGCCUUCAUCAUCAACGUGCUCGAGCUCCUGGACAUCAUCGUGCCGGAGCUCACCGUCACCAGCAACGUCCUGGUGUGCGUCAACUCGUCCGUCAACUUCAUCAUCUACUGCAUCUUCGGCCAGAAGUUCCGGCGGCUCUUCCUCAAGAUGUUCUGCGGCCGCAUCGUCAAGACGUCGGCCCGCAGGGACACCACCUUCCGCGAGUCGCGCACGCUCACCAACGGCCGCUCGACGCAGAUCAUCCGCAUGUCGUCGUGGAACGGCUCGCACCGCAGCCGCUCCGACAGCCAGUCGGUCGCCAAGCUCGACGGGCGCCACGACUCGGCCUCCUCGUGGCGCCCCUUCUCCAAGUACUCCAGCGUGCCCCUCGGAGACUCCUCUACGCCCAGGACGGCCUCCUCGUCCUUCACGCCCUCCAGGAGUCCCUCGCUCGUGCCCCCGAAAGACCCGGGCGAAAGCGACCACGCCCUCUGAGCGAAAGGCGCCAGGCUGACGGCCGCGGCGAUGGGCGCGCUGGCUAAGGCGCUGCAGAAGGCAUUGGUGAAUUGUGGUUUUGUGAAAGGAUUCCUUGUGUACAUAAGCUGUGGAUGAGUCUCAUAUAAAGUUCUGUUUAUGCCUCCAGACUGAGCAAGGAGAAAGGAAUGCUGCCGGAGUGAUAUGUUUUCGCUUCUUCAACACCCGCCCGCUCCCCUCCUUUAUCUUGGCCUUCCUCUUCCACCCCCCUUGCUCGUGUUUUCUUUCUCUCUCCUUCUCUGCUGCUGAUCCUCUUUUUUUUCUUCCUUCUCUCCCUCCUCCUUAUCCUCUUCCUCCUCCUCCUCCUCAUUUCCCUACGUCCGCCCUCCGUUCUCCGCACACCCCGCACGCCAGCGCUUCGAGCAGGCCUUGUCAGCAAGCCUCACCCAACGAGGGAAAAAAAAGCUGAUGCUCAUCCACAUCCACUUAUCUUCUGCCUUUUCGAGGGAUAAGGAUAAGCGUAGUCCAUUGUGAUUAGUUGUUUAAUGCUGAGGUGACGUGUCGCGUGACGAGCCAGAUCUUUUUUCUUCUCUGAUCGCCAGAUAAGGAUUGCUGAGUGGAUUUUCCAGCUAGCUGUUUCUUCGUCGUCUAAUAACUGAUUUGAUUUCUUGUUGAAACACAACAGCUACGAGAUGUACCGUUGAUCAUUGAGGAAAGAAUUACAGAUGCACUAAAGUAUGAUAUGU